CGUCGGAUGUAGAAGCGGUUUGAUACCCAAGCUAUUUCGGAAGUCAAGGAAUAGAAGUGAGGGCAGUCCUUUGGUGAAGAUGUCGGCAUACUGGGAGGAAGAUGGAACGUGCAAGACCCGAACGCUUGAUAGGGGUGAGGGGAGGGGGUGGGCCGUGGGCCCAACAGCCCUGGGUUUGGGUUCGGGUGUGGUGAAUUCCAGGUAUAGUAGCCGUCGUUGGGUGGUCGUUGCCGCGAUCCGUUUGAGCCGCUACGACCUCGACCUCGUCCCCGGUUUCCACCGCCACGUCCGUGACCCCGUCCAUAGCCGCUGCGCUGCCCGGAGGAGCCAUCCCCGUAGCCGCUGCCAAAACUGCCCUGGGACCCACCGGAGAAGCUGCUGCCCGGCGACUGGUGGCUACCGCCAUAACCCCCGGUAUGUGGAGAGCUGCCCGAACGUGCUACGAGGGCCGAUGAGCCGUGAUUGUCCAGCGAUGCCCGUUGCCGUUCCAACAAAAGGAGAGCCGAGCGGGCUUGGAGGAAUGCAGGCAACGGAUCCUGGAAUUGAAGAAAGGAAGUUUGAGCCUGAAGAUCCUCCGCCAAUCGGCGAUGUUGAAGAGAUUCUGAGAGUAGGUAGCCAUGGGGGUGUUGCCUUUGAUGGUGGUGUGGAAUUGGUGCUCGAGUUGCAUGGCCCGAGCAUGUUUGUUGUCAUGGAAGAGAUCGUGAAUAACCUUCCAGAGAGAAGCUGCAGAGGUGGUGGAGGAGAUGACAAGAUCCGAGACUUCGUCGGUGAUGGUAGAGAGAAUCCAGCCCUGGAGAAGAGCAUCCAGUUGGAACCAUUCAUCGUCGUCUUUAGAGGUGGGGAUGACAGAGCCAUCGAGGUGCCGAUGGAGAUUGAAGCGCCGAACUAGGAGGAGAAACAAUCGACUCCACUUUUUAUAGUUGGGUUGUGAGAGGCUGAGUUGAAUGGGAACAUGGAGUUUUACGUUACGUUGAAGAUGGUGGU